UGGUCUCCAAUUUUUCUGUAAAAAAUUGUAUAAUUUUCUUGUAUAAUGAAAUUUUUCUAAAUUACAAAAUUAGUUGGUUGGCAUUUUACUGCAAUCAGUCCACUUAGCACUUGAUCUUACAAAAUGGCCUUUCAAUUUUUCUUGCCUUAAAGAAGUCAAUUCUUCUUGCAGUUUUAAUAAUGAUUCUUUUUCUGUUUCAUAAGAUCUACCUUCUAAAUUUUCAAUAUGUGUCAUUAAUACAGUGUGAUUAAGACAGUUAUAUUAUUACUUGAGUCCCGUUAGUGCAUGGAAAAAGUACAGAGGGGCACAUGAACUCGUCAUAUGACAUAGACUGAUUCGGGGCGAUGAAAAGUCAGAGCUGAAAAAAGGGGAGACUAACUGUAAAAAGGUUUUGCAGAUUUUCAAACCAAACACAAUUAUAUUUUUAACAACAGGAAGUUCUACGUAUACGACUUCUCCAUUAACAUCAACAAUAGCUGACAGAACAUUAACAUCUAGUAUCAACAAUGAAUUUAUAAAUAUAACGAAAGGCUUUCAAUCAAAUGACGAAAUGAGUGCAUUUGAAAGUUCCAAUGUCAGUAUCUUUGUCAGUGUUUCAGUUGUGAUUUUUCUCUUAGUGGCAGCCAUUGUUAUUGUCAUAAUAAUGUUGAAACGACGAGGCAAAAUUCCAAACACGUGUUUUAAAAGUUCUUCUCAGAAUGAUUCAUUAAAAGAAACUUCCGGUAAGAAUCAAGCUGAAAACAAUCUGUAUAAUCAAUCUCUAGGAGCUGAAAAUGAACAGAUAAACGAUUUUAAAGGAAACAAUAACGUAAUCCUUCAUCAAGAUAUUGACGUAGACAAUAGUAAUUAUGCAAAUAAUUACUUCAUUCUUGAACCCGGCUCCAGAGAAUCUCAUGCCGAUGGUGAUAUUUCAAAUUCCAGGAGAGAUGGAAGAGGUAUUAACGACGAUUAUAAUAUGAUACAAUUCAAUAAAAAGUUUGGUACCCAAUUUGAUAACGUUUAUGACACCACCGAGAAUGCAGCUAUAAAAAUAAAAGCAUUACUGAAUACUGAAUGUGUAAAAGAAUUAUCUGAAACAUUAAGCGGAACUGACAACUAUAAUCACAUAACCAGAAACCUUAUGAACAAUGAUAAAACAGACAAUAUCUAUGGUGUACCUGACAAGCAAGAAAACGAUUACGAUGAUGUUAGAAGGGAUUAUAAAAAUAAUCUGCGUGUUGAGGUUGACACAUACAAUCAUUUGAACGGUACCUGAGAGAAAGGCAGAAAGGCGUUGUUUUGAAACUCAUAAAACUGUUUCCGUUAGUAAUUAUCAACUAAAUCAGUUACCUGUUUCAAGCUCAGGUUAACAAAACAAAUCCUUUUCAAAAUUAGUAAUAUUUAUUUCAUGAAAUUAAAUGACUUCAAUUGAUUAGUGAAAUUGAUUAUUGAACGAUUUUGAGAAUUUUUCUGCUUUUUUAAAAAUAAAAUUGCAUGCAGGGACACAACUGAGAUCCUCCUCCACUAGGAAAACUAAAUCUUUAAUGUACACGUGUCAGUGUGACUUAAUCCUUCGGGAUCAUUGAUGCCAGCACGAAUUGAGUACCGCUCAAAACGGUGCACUUAUUCAUUAUCACUCAUGUACAGGCUCAAGCAAACCGAGUCUGCAGUUCUCUUGUAAUUUUGUUGUGAUUAAUGCUUCCGAGGGAUCACUUUGUUUCCAGAAUUUUAAACAAAUAAAAAUAAGAUAUUAACCUAUAAAAAUUGUUUGAAUAAAAUUAUACUACACUGCAAUAAUUCAUAUCAAUUUUACAAAACAUAGAAUGUAUUCAAUGUAAAGCAUUUCAAUUGAUUCAAUGUAUAUUAUCCUCAUUCCGGUAUUUUGAAAUUUAAUUUAAUAAAUAUGUAGUAAUUGCUACUCACGUUUCGCAAAGUUGUCUUCACAGUAUGUAGAAUAUCUAGUAAAAGUCUUGGAAGAAAAUCG